AUGUUUUUGAGAUCAAGAUUUAACGUUUUUACAUUAUUUUAUAAUCGUCCCAAUGCUUUGGUCUAUCAUUCAUCCAUUUCUUCACACAAUUCAAGGAGAAUCUUAUUUAUAAAUCCUUUGAUCCAUCCUCGUUGCCACAGUAACGCCAGGAAAAAGAGGAGCAAAAAUAGGACGAAACUCGAAGAGAAAAUUUUGAAAGUUGAGAAAGAAGUGGACAUGUUAGAACGGAAAAUGACCCGUUUAAGUAAACAGGCGACGACAGAGACCGACGAACCGUCAUUUACCGAGCAAGAUUUCACAAAUAUAUACGAAGAAUUGUCAUCGCCUCUUUUUACACACGCAUCAAAGAAGAAACAACUUCCGCCGUCCGAUUACGUGGUUGACGAAGGAUUCAAUUUACCAUUCCCCGAAACUCAGGAGCUUAAGUUGUUCGUGGAUCAACCAGAAUUUCCGUCGGCUCGACAGAUCAAACAAUCCGCCGAAAAUAGUGUGGCUCCCUUGAUGGAAUUGCUGGUAAAACGGAAGAAUUUAAAACUUCGAGAGUACAACAAAAUAAUAUACGCCUGUGCCUUGAAGAAGAGCGUAAGAGAAGCCGAAUAUGCGAUGGAAAAAAUGAGGGAAGCGGGUAUCGAGCCUGAUAUUAAUACCUACGAACAACUUAUCAAUGUGUAUGCGAGCGUUGGAGACAUGGAAAAGACAAAAUCCGUAUUUGAAAUGAUCGAAACCGGUAAAUUCAUGGUUUAUUCGUGUGGUGGUGAAGAAAAUUCUAGACUCAAAAGUCCAUGUAUCGGAAUGAACAGCUGGACUGACGCAAACGUGGACUUUUUCAUGAACCUUGAUAUUUUACUUCUUAACAUGCAUACCGAAAUUUUACACUAUUACGAAGAUGCAUUCAAACUGCUCGAUGAUAUGAAAGAUCAUGGAUACGAUCUUGAUAUAUACACGUAUAAUUCGCUGUUUUACGCAUCACUACACGAUCCAACGCUAGAACCGGAUGACAUCACGUUCACAAAUUUAUUCUUGGUCUACGGUUCUCACAAAGAACCAAAGAAUCAUUUAAAUCAAUUGGAGAGCAAAUUAAGGGUGGAAGCAGGGAGUUCUCUUCUAGAAGAGAAAUCGCAUGUCAAGGAACCAAAUAAAAGUGAAGAAAACGAUAUGCCAUCAAUUAAGAUAGACGCCGUCGCAGAUAAUGGUGACAUCGACAAAGUUGCGAUCUCAGACAGCAAGUAUGACCUAUUGACAAUUGGAACGAAUGUCUUUCCUUUAUUAAAAAAUCCGCCAGCAACUCAUAAACAAACUCUCGUGGAGUCUGAGAUCUUAUUUAACUAUCUAUUAUCAUUGACGGAUAAGUCUUUCCAACCUGAAUAUAGUUCGAUAUACAAGUAUUCUAAUCAUAAGAUCGUUAACCUAUCACCAAGGUUGUUUAAAUCAUAUUUAUCGAUUUUGGAAAAGAAAGGACAAUUUCAUGAAAUUUUGGAACAUUAUAAAAACACCAUGCCGAGAUAUAAUAUUCAACUUAACGGAUGGAUAUUUUUAACUUUAUUGAACGCGUGUUAUAGACACAAGAAGAUUGAUGUGGCGUGGGGUAUCUGGCAGGAUUGGCAAACUUGGUGGGAUGGUCAAGAAAAUUCUUGCGAGAGUAAAGGUCUUGAACUUAGAAAACUAGGUAGAACUAGAGAGAUGGAAUACGAAACUUACAAGGUUAUGAUCAAUGUAUUGGCAAGAUGUGGAGAUAUUUGGGGAGGUAUAAGAUUGUUGCAAAAGUUGUCGAUGACUCAAAUUCCAAAAUUUGAUCACUUUCAAUUACUAAGACAAAAAUGUGUUGAGAAGGAUGAUGAUGUCGCGCUAGCCAAGAUAAUGGAAUUUUGUUACUUUGACGAGGAUACGAAGGUUAAGGGGUUGCUGACGAGAAAAUGGAAAGGGGUUAACGUGAUGCCCGGUAGAGUUGGUAGGAGGCUCCUGGAAGCUAAGCUGGGAUUCGGGAUGAGAAAUAAAAGGGAAAUAGAUUGGAAGAGGUUGAAUCGAAAUAAGAUGUGA